GUUUUGUCUAAAUGUUUUUCAUCGAGCAAAAUAUUUAAUCUUCUUCUAAGUCAAAAUUUUUUCAGCUAAACCGUUUUUAUUGCACGAAAAAGCAGUGUACGAGUAAUGAACACGUAUUGGAUUUGUUCCGAAUUUAUUCGCUAGGAUCAUUGUCAUCACUUUCACUUUCCACGCGAUUUUGCUAUAAUAGUGGUUCUAGUGUGCAUAUACUGCAUCGAGGCGCAGUCGCCAUGGAUGACACCAUGUCGACCCUAACGAAAAUGACCCGCACGGUUAAAAAACUGGAAGUACCCAGGCCCCUGAAAUCGACGACUAGUACUGCACACAACCGCAAUUCAGUACUGGAUGUCAAAAUAAAUUCUGUCGAUGACCUGAUUGUAUUGACUGAGGCUGUGGCGUACCAAAUGAUGCAGGGCAACUAUGACCGUGCGCUUCAAAGCAAUGUUGCCACCAUGUACGCUAACCUGAAGCUUUAUGGCGCACAACUCGAAGCACUCUUUAAGGACUUUCUUGAUAGGUACUUUGUUGUGUUCCGAAAUGGUUCUCAAGAUGAACGACUGGACAAGAAGACCAGACUUCACCUCUUAGAGCUUAUUGAGUUGCGCGCCAAACAUUGGCAAGGCUCUGACUACAUGAGUCAGUACUAUAGGCACCGUGGCACGCACGCUGAGCCACUAUUGGUGCCGACGAUGGAGGGUUCGGGCACGGGCGGCUCGGUGUCCCCCACGCUGGCUGCGCCGGCCGAGCCGCCCACUCUGCUUGGUCCGGGCGAGAUUAUCAAGCCCUCGGGCAAGUUUCCCAAGCCCACUAAAAUCCCGGGCAAGAACUACUCGAAAGACGAGGUCGUCAUCAGGAAUGCUGAUUCUGGAAAAGUGAUGGGUAUCAAGGGCAGGCGGGUGCACAUGAUCGAGGAGCUAAGUGACACGAUAAUAUCGUUUCAGCGAGUGAGUCCUGGUGCCAAGGAACGUCUAGUGCAGAUCACCGGGCCCAACGAAGAGAAUGUGAACCACGCCAAGCACUUGAUCGGCGAUACGAUCCGGCGCAAUGCGUCGCCCGUGCGGCUUGAAGGCUCGCUGGACGCGCAGCUGUGCGACUCGCGCGCCUCGCUCGACUCGGCUGGCUCCGACGAGGCGCCUCGCCCUAGGGAGAAAUCCCCGCAUAACAAUUCCCGAGCUUUACUUCAUAGUUUUUCGACGAACGACGCCGCACUAGGAGAAUAUAAGUACACUGUGACUUUUGGGCAACAUUCCAUCAAGAUCACGGGCAAUAAUUUGGAUCUUGUCAAGACUGCAAAGCUGGUGUUGGACGAGUACUUCGAGAGCGCAGGCGCUCUGGAGGCAAUGGGCGCGGGCUCGGGCGACUUCUUCACGCUGUCGCAGAGGCCCGGCGCCGCUCUACUGCUGCGCGACGACGCCGCGCUCAACGGCGCCGACGACGAUGUGUUCGCUCCGCCCAAUGAACAUAACGACCAGCAAGCGGCCGAGGACGCCACGCCGCGGCGCCCGCGCUUCUCACGCGCCACCAGCACUGACAAGAAUCAAGUUGGCGGCGGCGGCGGCGGGUCGCGGCAGACGUACACGUACGAGACGCUGGUGCAGUACGCGGACUCGCCGCUGUCGAAGGUGCCGCCGGGCGGGCUGGCGUCGUUCCCGCCGGAGCUGGCGCGCAAGAGUUGCCUGGAGUUCGACAGCGCCAGCUAUCUGAAGAAGGUGCGCGCGGCCGCCGGCACCACCGUCGCCGCCGUGGACGCGCCUGACUCCCCCGAGCCGGAGUAAACCGCCAGCUCACUCGCUCACACACACGCGGGCCAGUGUCAGAAUUACUAACGCCACAAUAUUCUUUAUGCUACAGUCGCGCAAAAAGCCUGAUUUGAUGUUUAACCACAUUAUUAUUACUAGCCUGCACCGUCCCACUGCAGGGCAAAGGAUUUCUUCCUUCCAUUUAUUAUCGGAGAGAUUGGCGGGAGCUUGCACAGAAUCCAGAAAACUGGAGGAAUAAAGGCGAGGCCUUUGCCCAGCAAUGGGAUUAAGUAGGAACAGCUGUCAAAUCGGGCUUCUAAUGGCGCUAGUACUGUAGUAAUUAAUUAUUGCUAGUAAUUCUGGAAAUAGGUCCAUACGACUCCGAAGCGACUGGACCAAGCGAUCAUACCAGUUUCAUUCAGUACGGCAAUGAACAAAAAAGCGGCAGAUUUUAAGCAGAUUGUCAUGGUAACAUUUUGUUGCAGAUGUUUUUUUUGUGUUGCCAUGUGAAGGCAAAAGUCAUUCGCUCUUUAUUGUUCGUUGUGCAAGACAAUUUUCUGCCUAUCAUACGAAUAUUGUUUAAGAUUUUGUAACUGUUUUUAAAUGUAUUUAUUAUCGUAUGAACUGUAUCGCUUUGUCCAGCUCCACCUUCGGGAUGAAUGUCUUCCUUAGAAACUUAGGCACGUACACAUUGCACAUGAGCGAGCGAACUUCAUUUGCACAUGCUGUAGGCAUUCAUAGUUUCGCAUUUUAGCGACUAAGGCUGCUCGGACGCGUCCAGUGUCCUUUAUUGUAGACGAUAAAGGAAAACGAGACGGUCUAUAAUUGAGUUCGUGGAACUAGAUGAGGCAAAGAACCACGGCCAAUGAUCCUCUAGACCAGGUAGCCGUCCACUAUCCUAGCACUCACUAUCCUAUUUUAACUCAUAUAACAUUAAUUUAGAACUUGUUUUACUAAAAAAAGUAUUAUCAACACCAAAAUAUUUAUUUUUUUAGUGGUGGUAUUUUAUUUACCUCAUUUUGUGAAUGGAUAUUUCCAUUAACUAGCUGUGGGAUUAUUUGUUGGAAAUAUGAUAAACACAUGUCAUGUUCCUUGUGUUGUAUGAUAUUAGUUACAGAAAUCCUCAGCCGGAGAUGAUCUCUCGACAUAAUAUUAUCUGAUGACAGCUAAAGCAAAAGCAGCUGGUCUAGAUACAAGCAAUGCGUCUUCCUUCAGGCAAUGAAAAGCGGACGUGCGCUGCAAUCCAACCCAUUUGAUAUUACGAGUUGGUUUUAAUUUUCGUUGUAUAUAUUUACUCUAAAGGAACUAUUUGUUUCUGAUGUCAGAGUGAUUCCAUUUUAUUAUAAGACGAAUGCAUGCAUUUCUGUGUGUCUGUAUACUCAUUUUCAACUUUGUAUCUAGUGUCUAGUCCUGAUGAGUAGAUGUCGAUUCUCACUAUAUCGUAAGCUUUUUUAUCUUCGAGGAAGCCUGCCAAUUGAUGCUAUACUAUAUAAAUUAAGUAUAUUAUCUAUUAAAACCAAAUAGAGAUUUUAUUGUUUAUAACGAUAUAAAUGAUUAAUGUUAUAAUUUAUAAAACGAGAGCUUUUAAAAACUUGCUGUGCACUAAACCAAAUAAUUUAUUUGUUAUUGUUAUGAUUAUAAUGAAAUAUAAAUUUCGUAUUCUAACGUUUAUUUUAACUUUAAAAGUUGUCAGGCUUUCUCUUUAUAAUCUUUGAAACUUUUAUAGUAGGUUUACUUUCAACAUUUAAAAAAUAUAUUCUGGCAAAGACUGUUCCCUCUCCAGAAAAAAUAUAUAUGAAAUAUACCAAAAUGCAAGCAAAAAAUUUUCAAGGUAUGUGACAUACCUUAUAUAAAAUUUACCAGUCACUGAAUGCUUCAGGAUAAAAUUAUUUGGUGCUUAUCACGAGUCACUCACGAGUCUAUUCUUUGGAAAAGUAUUAUCGUUGACUGUUAAUAAAGGUUUAUGUUUA